AUGUUUUCCGUCCGGAGCCGCUCCUGCCAUUCCCAUGGCAACCCCGAGCCGGGAUUCCCGCUGGGAAUCAAGAGCCAGAGGCUGGAAAUGGCAUUCCCGGCUGUUCCUGACGGGCGGAAUUCGGGAUCGGCUCCAGCUGGAUCUGACAGGAACACAAUUCCCGGCGGGAAAAGGGAGAAAGAGCUGGAAAAGCGGGAUGGGCGGGAUCCGGGAGCGGGGUUUGGGAUUUAUUCCCGGCUGGAUCCGUCCCUCUCCUCCGGAGCUUUCCCGGGAUUUCCCUCGGGAGGCUCCGCGGAUCCGUCGGGGGAGAACGGGAGAGGAUCACUGGGUUUCCGGGAUCACUGGGAUUUCGGGAUCACUGGGAUUUCGGGAUCUCCGGAAUUCCGGGCUGGCUCCGCAGCCAUGGCGGCAGCGGAUGCAGACGCGGAGUGGCUGCGCUGGGCCAGCGAACGCUUCGGGAACGGCGCCGGGAAGGAGCCGGAGAUCGGCCUGGAGGAAUUCACACGGACCCUGGGGAUCAAGGAGUCCUUCUUUGCCGAGCGUUUUUUCGCGCUCUUCGAUUCCGACGGGAGCGGCUCCCUGAGCCGGGAGGAGCUGCUGGGAUCCCUGCGCCGGCUGCUCCGCGGGAAUUCCAUGGAAAAGCUCCACUUCCUCUUCCAGGUGUACGACGUGGACGGGAGCGGCUCCAUCGAUGGGCAGGAGCUGCUCCAGGUGCUCCGGGGGUGUCUCCGGGAGAGCUCCCUGGCCCUGCCCGAGGAGCGGCUCCGGGCGCUGAGCCAGGCCCUGCUCCGCGCCUGCGACCGCGACCGCAGCGGCUCCAUCUCCUUCCCGGAGCUCCGGGAACAGCUGGAGGCGUUCCCGGAACUCCUGGAGAGCCUGAGCAUCAGUGCCGCCUCCUGGCUGAAGCCCCCCAGUCCCGCCGAGCGCCGCCUGUGCUGCUUUUCCUGGGAAUCCUGCCGGGAGCAGCGGGCCGGGCUGCGCCGCUUUUCCCGGGAAUGCGGCGGCCCGGGCGGCUUUUCCCGGGAAUGCUGGCGGGCCGGGAUGCGCCGCGUUUCCCGGGAAUGGCGCUGGCCGGGGCUGUGGCUCGCGGGCUCGGCGCUGCUGCUCGCCCUGGGCGCUCUGCGGCACCGGGAGCGCGGCCCGGGAACCGCCCUGGCCCGGGGCUGCGGGGCCGCCCUGAACCUCAACUGCGCCCUGCUCCCGGCUCUGAUGUUGCGCCGUUCCCUGUCCCGGCUCCGCUCGUGGCCGCUCUGGGAGCGGCUCCCGCUGGAGCGGCACGUGCGCGGGCACGCGCGCGUGGGACACCUGGUGCUGGCCCUCGGGAGCGCGCACGCGGGAGCGCACCUGGGAGCGCGCCUGGCACGAGCCGGCGGGCCGUGCUCGGAGGCUGUGGCGGAGCUGCUGCUGCCGGGGCCGGGCUCUGGCGGCGUUGCGGGCACGGCCCCGCUGACCGGGCUGGCGCUGCUGCCGCUGCUCCUGGCCAUGCUGCUGGGCUCCAGCCCCUGCCUGCGCCGCCGCGGACACUUCCAGGUUUUUUACUGGACCCACCUCUCCUACAUCCCGGUGUGGUUCCUGCUGCUCCUGCACGCUCCCCACUUCUGGAAGUGGUUCCUGAUUCCCGGCUCCCUGUUUUUCCUGGAGAAGGUUCUGGGCUGGCUGUGGCGCCGGGCAGGAGAUCUGCACAUCCUGGAGGCCAGGCUGCUGCCCUCCAAGGUGACGCACCUGGUGAUCCAGCGGCCGGAAUCCUUCCGCUUCCAGCCGGGGGAUUUCGUCUUCCUGAACAUCCCGGCCAUCGCCGCCUACGAGUGGCAUCCCUUCUCCAUCAGCAGCGCUCCGGAGCAGCCAGAAACCCUCUGGCUGCACAUCCGGGCGCGGGGCCAAUGGACCAACAAGCUCUACGAGCACUUCCAGCGGCUGGAAUUGCACGGCCCGGAGCCGGAUCCGCCCGGGAAGAGCCGCAGGGAGCGCUGGGAACAGGUGGGAUCGAGUGGAUCCCACGGGAUCAUCCCGGUCUGCAGCCGGGGAAUCCCUCGGGAUGGACAUUCCCGGCUGGUCCAGCCUCCGGGUGGGAAAGGCCCCAAAUCCAGGGAAUGUGGGGAGCGCUGGGAAGGGGGGGAUGGUCACAGCUCCCCUCUCCUCCAGGGCUCCGGGCCCGGAGAGACCCCCCGGAGCUGCAGCGUCAAGUGUUUCCUGGACGGUCCCUACGGAAGCCCAAGCCGGCGGAUCUUCACCUCGGAGCACGCCGUGCUCAUCGGAGCCGGCAUCGGGAUCACCCCCUUCGCCUCCAUCCUGCAGAGCAUCAUGUUCCGGUACCGGCGGCGGAUGCGGAGCUGCCCCAGCUGCCGUUUCUCCUGGAGCGAGGAAGAGCGGGAUGAGGAGAUGACGCUCCGGAAGGUGGAUUUUGUCUGGAUCACGCGGGAUCAGCAGCACCUGCAGUGGUUCCUCAGCCUCCUGGCCCAGCUGGAGGCGCAGCAGGCGGAGCUGGAGCCGGAAGGGAAGUUCCUGGAGCUGCACCUGUUCAUGACCUCGGCCCUGGGCAAGGGGGACGUGAAGGCGCUGGGGCUGCAGCUGGCGCUGGAUCUGCUGGCGGCCCAGGAAAAGCGGGAUUCCAUCUCCGGCCUCCGCAGCCGCACCCAGCCCGGCCACCCCGACUGGGCCAAGCUGUUCGGGAAGGUGGCGGCGGAGCGGCGCGGGAAGGUCCGGGUGUUCUUCUGCGGCUCCGCGGGGCUGGCCAGGAUCAUCCGCGGGCACUGCCGGAGCUUCGGAUUCGCCUUUUCCAAGGAAAACUUCUGAGCCGGUGGGAGCGCUUCCCGCCGGCAGCCGAUCCCAUCCCAGCUCGGAUCCGCUGGGGCUGGGCCACGGAAAUCUGGGAAAAGCUCCUGUGGAUCCGAGGAAUAAAAAAGAUGGGAAAGUUUCCUUUGGAUCUGAGGAAUGAUUCAGGAAAAGAUGGGAAUGUUGGGGUCGAUGGAAGCAAUUCCAGCUCCUUGGCAAAACCAAGGGAAAACUGGGA